AUGUUCAAGAAACUGCUCCCGGCCGUGCACUGCCUGGCCUUCGGGCCCCGGGCCGCCGGCGCUGCCGCCGGAGACUUCUGUCUGCUGGAGCUCGAGCCCGCGCUCUGCCCGCAGCUGGAGGCCGGGCACAGUCUUGUGAUUCGUGGUGACAAAGAUGAGCAUGCUGUGCUGUGCAGCAAAGAUAAAACCUACGACUUGAAAAUAGCAGACACUUCAAACAUGUUGCUUUUUAUUCCUGGUUGUAAAACCCCAGACCAGCUGAAGACUGAAGAAACACACUGCGACAUUAUUCACACUGAGAUCUUUGGAUUUUCUAACAAUUACUGGGAAUUAAGAAGAUGUAGACCUAAAUUAAAGAAGCUGAAGAAGCUUUUAAUGGAAAAUACCUACGAAGGACCUGAUAGUCAAAGAGAAAAGGAUUCAAACCGCUCGAAAUAUACGACUGAAGAUUUUCUUGAUCAAAUUCAAGCAAGUGAAGAAGAAAUAAUGACACAAUUAGAAGUUCUAAAUGCUUGUGAAAUUGGAGGUUAUUGGAGGAUACUUGAGUUUGAUUAUGAGAUGAAACUGCUGAACCACGUAACUCAGCUUGUGGAUUCCGAAUCUUGGUCUUUCAGUAAAGUUCCUCUGAAAACCUGCCUUCAGGAACUUGGCCCACUGGAACCAGAGGAAAUGAUAGAGCACUGUCUUAAAUGUUAUGGAAAGAAAUAUACAGAGGAAGGUGAAGUUUAUUUUGAAUUGAAUGCUGAUAAAAUAUGCAGAUCCACAGCUCAGAUGCUACUUCAGAACGCCGUGAAGUUCAAUCUGGCGGAAUUUCUGGAGGUGUGGCAGCAGAGUGUUCCGGAAGGCAUGGUCACCGGGCUCGAUCAGCUAAAGGGCUUAGCACUUGUGGAUAGACACACGAGACCAGAAAUCAUAUCCUUACUGAAAGUAGAUGAUUUACCUGAGGAUAACCAGGCACGUUUUAACAGUCUCUUCUCUCUGCGGGAGAAAUGGACAGAAGAAGAUAUUGCUCCAUAUAUUCAAGAUUUGUGUGGAGAGAAGCAAACCAUAGGGGCAUUACUCACUAAGUAUGCUCGUUCUUCAAUGCAAAAUGGUGUGAAAGUUUACAAUUCAAGAAGACCUAUUCCUUAAAGACUGAAACCAUCGUUUUUUGGGAUUAAAGUUCCUUUCUAAAGUUACUGGGUACAAGAAAAAAGACCUUCAUGUAUUUUCAUUU